CCCCACUCUAAACGAUAUUUGUAAACAAAACUGUUCCUUAACUAUUUAAGCAAAAAACGUAAAAAUCAGCAAAAAAAACAAAAGUUAAUGUCCUCCAGUAAAGAUAUCAAAUUGGAAGUAUGCGUAGAUUCUAUAGCCUCAGCUAUAGCCGCUGCCGAAAGUGGAGCAGCCCGAUUAGAAUUAUGUUCGGCUCUUAGCGAGGGAGGACUUACGCCAACAAUAGGUAUAUUGAAAUCUUUGAAAGGUUUUAUAGCUAUACCGAUUUAUUGCAUGUUGCGACCACGUUCAGGCGACGAUUUCAUUUAUACUGAUUAUGAAAUGCAAGCGAUGCUUACCGAUCUCGAUAUGCUACGCGAACAAGGAGCAGAUGGUUUUGUUUUUGGUUCUUUAACUAAUACGCGAUCAAUCAAUGUAAAACAGUGCCAACAAGUAUUAGAACAUGCCCAAGGUUUGCCAGUUACCUUUCACAGAGCAUUUGAUAUAACUGAUAUGACUCGCAUGCAGGAAACCGUGAGACAAAUUAUUGAAUUGGGUUUUAAACGUAUAUUAACUAGCGGUUUUAAACCUUCAGCCCAUGAGGGUAUAGAAUAUAUAGCUCAACUUAUAGCUAAAAAUCAUCGUGAUAUCAUUAUCAUGCCAGGAGCAGGUAUUAGAGUAGGAAAUUUGGAAGAAAUUCUUACAACUACAAAAUGCGUAGAGUUUCAUUCAUCAGCCAAAAGUAAAGCGGAUGCACCGCCUGCCUGCAAUGAUAUAACGGUAACAGCAUCAGAUAAUAACGUAAUCGCUAGUAGUAAUUUAAGUAUGGAUUGUGAUGUUAGCACAUCUAGACAAGAUUUACUUAUGUACGAAAUGACUGAUGCCAAUGUUGUACGAAAAUUGGUUUUCAUAGCAAAAGCAAUGAGUGAGAAAAAUUAGCUUCGAAGACGAAGAUAAACAAUCAAGACAUAUAUAUAUAUAUAAGAAUAAAUUUAUAAAAAUACGAUAUGAGAUUAAAGGGCCAUGCAAUUACUCUUACGUCUUUUUCAAUGUGUAACUAUAUAUCUUUAUUAAUUUUAGCAAUUUUUUAUAAACAACACCA